CUACCUACUUAUAGACAUUUAUUGUGCUUCUACAUCAAUGAAAUUUUGCACAGCUAAUCUAUUUUCUCAGGGUCUUGAAGAUAAAGCUUGGAGGACAAAACAAAGUAGUGUACAACUUCUUGGUGCUAUGGCUUACUGUGCUCCUCAACAGUUGUCUCAGUGUCUCCCUAAGAUUGUUCCCAAAUUGACUGAGGUUUUGACUGAUACUCAUCCUAAAGUCCAGUCAGCUGGGCAAAUGGCCCUUCAACAGGUUGGGAGUGUCAUAAAGAAUCCAGAAAUAUCUGCUCUUGUCCCUACUCUACUUAAGGGGCUCAGUGAUCCAAAUGAGCAUACAAAAUAUUCCCUUGAUAUUCUUCUCCAAACAACCUUUGUUAAUUCAAUUGAUGCGCCUUCACUUGCAUUAUUAGUACCAAUAGUACAUCGAGGGUUGAGGGAACGUAGUGCUGACACCAAAAAGAGGGCAGCCCAAAUAGUUGGAAACAUGUGUUCCUUGGUUACAGAACCGAAGGAUAUGAUUCCAUAUAUAGGAUUGCUACUUCCUGAAGUAAAAAAGGUGCUUGUGGAUCCUAUACCUGAAGUUCGGUCAGUUGCUGCUAGAGCCAUUGGAUCCCUUAUAGGAGGAAUGGGUGAAGAAAAUUUCCCUGAUCUUGUCCCGUGGUUGUUUGAUACAUUAAAGUCUGAUAAUAGUAAUGUUGAACGCUCUGGAGCAGCACAAGGGCUGAGCGAGGUCAAAUUUUUUCUUUUAAUACAUUUUACGUUUUAAGGCCUUUGGAAUUUC